AUGGGUGUUCCAAAAUUUUUUAGAUUCAUCUCUGAAAGAUGGCCAUUGAUAUCGAAAUUAAUCGACGAGGAUCAGAUUCCUGAAUUUGAUAACCUCUAUUUGGAUAUGAAUUCCAUUUUACAUAAUUGUACUCGUGCAACCGGUCAGAAGCACGAUGACUUGACAGAAAGUAUUUCUGACGAUGAGAUGUACACCGCGAUUUUUGCUUAUAUUGAUCAUUUAUUCAACACAAUAAAGCCAAAGAAGGUAUUUUAUAUGGCCAUCGAUGGUGUGGCUCCAAGAGCCAAGAUGAAUCAACAAAGAUCAAGAAGAUUCAGAACUGCUUUGGAAGCCGAGAAGGAACGCAAGCGUCAACAAGAAGAAGAUGAUCUUAAAGGGAUUGACUCUGGUAUUGACAAGAAGAAGGAUCCUUCACAGAUGUUUGAUUCCAAUUCCAUUACCCCAGGUACUGAAUUCAUGGCAAAGGUAUCAAAACAUAUUAAGUUCUUCAUUCACAAAAAGGUUAGUACAGACGCAAAUUGGCAGAAUAUUGAUGUUAUAUUUAGUGGUCAUGAAGUACCUGGUGAAGGUGAGCAUAAGAUUAUGAAAUAUAUCAGAACCAUGAAGAGCCAGUCAGAUUACGAUCCAAAUUUGAGACACUGUAUCUAUGGUUUAGAUGCUGAUUUAAUUAUGCUUGGUUUAGUCACCCACGAGCCUCACUUUUCUUUAUUGAGAGAAGAAGUGACAUUCGGUCCUCAACGGAAGGAUAAGAAUAAAGGGGGAUCCACUGUUGAAAGUUUAGAAAAUGAGCGUUUCUAUUUGUUACAUUUAUCCUUAGUCCGUGAAUAUUUGGAAUUGGAAUUUAGUGAUUUACAAAACAUUUUGAAAUUCAAUUAUAGUUUUGAAAGGAUUUUGGACGAUUUCAUCUUAAUCAUGUAUGUUCUUGGUAAUGAUUUCCUUCCACAUUUACCUGAUUUGCAUAUAAACAAGGGUGCGUUCCCUCUUUUAUUGAAAACUUUCAAAAAAUUCUUGAUUAAUUCUGAUGGGUACUUGAAUGAUUGUGGUACAAUAGAUUUCGGAAGAUUGAAAAUUUGGUUAGAUUAUUUAUCACUAUUUGAAUAUGAAAACUAUGAAAACGGUAACGUUGAUAUUGAGUGGUUCAACAAAAAAUUGGAUAACUUGUCUUUAGAUAAUGAGAAUAAAAAGAAGUUGAUGGAGUUGAAGAGAAAAAGAUUCGAAGAGCAAACCAAAAAAAGCUCAAAGGCUGCUGAGAGGAAGAGAAAUGAAAUCUUGAGUAAGGAUAAAGGUCCAUCUAACGCAUUUUCCAAUUUGGAAGAUGAAGUUGAAAAUGAUGAUGAGGAUGUCAUCAAUGUGGUUGACAAAAAAUUAGAAGAAUUCCAUCAAAUUGAUGAGUCUUUAGACAAUGCUUUUUCCAAAAUCUUUGCUUUUACUGAACCUUGGUUGAUUAAUAUAUACUCCAGUGAUGCAUCCAGGAUUGAUCCUGAUAUUAUCAGUGAAGAUGAUAUCCCAAUCUUGGACAUUUCGAAUCUCUUGGUUCCUGAUAAUGGCUCAUUACAAUUUGAUUUCUUGAAACAAAUUGCCCAUGAUUUUGAUUUGAUUGUGGUUCAAGAUCAAGAGCUUGGGAAAAUAAGUUUGAAAUUGGAUAUCAGUGGUAUCGAACCAAAUGAGACUGAUGAAGAAUAUCAAGAAAGAAUUUCAAGCUACAAUCAUAUUAUUGAAAAAUACGCAAGCAGGUUUAGUAAUGUGACCCUCGCGGAAAUUGAAAAGCUUAAUAAAGAGUUUGAAGAUUCUAUGCACCAUGACUCUCAAUUUAGUAACUUGUCUAACUUUUUGGAGGAUGAAAAUUUCGUCGCUUGGAAAAAUCAAUACUAUCAAGCCAAAUUUGGUUUCACCUUGAAUGAUAGUGAGAAAUUUGGUAAAUUGGCUCACAAUUAUUUGGAAGGUCUUCAAUGGGUUUUAUACUAUUAUUAUAAAGGUUGUCCAUCAUGGUCUUGGUACUAUCAGUAUUACUUUUCUCCAAGAAUUUCUGAUAUUGCUGUGGGCAUCAGCGACGCAUUUAAAGUUGAAUUCCCUAAGGACGUUCCAUUCAAACCAUUCCAACAAUUAAUGGGGGUUUUGCCAGCAAGAUCAAACACCUUGUUGCCAAAGGUUUACCGUCCAUUGAUGUUGGAGCCAAAUUCUCCAAUUAUUGAUUUCUAUCCAUCCGAAGUCGAAAUUGAUAAGAAUGGUAAGACUGCUGAAUGGGAAUAUGUCUUCAAACUUUCAUUUGUUGAUGAAACCCGAUUGCUUGAAGCCAUGAAACCUUAUGAUUCUAAGUUAACUGCUGAAGAAAAAGCUAGAAACUCUUAUGGUUUCGAUUUGAUCUACAGAUACAAUCCCCAAGUCGAUAAGUUUUACAAAUCUUCUUUACCACACUCCUUCAAAGAUCUUGAACAUGAUAAUUGUAUCGAAUUGCCUUAUGAAUUGCCGCUCAUUGAUGGUGAGGUUAAAAAAUCUAGGGACGAUGAUGAUUACUACAGUGAAAACAUGGAUUCCAAGCCGUUCAACCAUUUAUGCAGAGGGGCAAAGAUUGGUGUUAGUUCUUUAGCUAACUUCCCUAGUUUGAAGACUUUGCCAUUCACUUCUGGUUUAGCCAUUGAUUAUUUGGUCAUUUUCAAUCAACCAUCUCGGUCAGAAUCCAUGAUCUUGAACCUUCAGAAUCCACAUGAAGAAUUAUUAGAAGAGUUAACUAUUGAAGAUAUUGCCAAAAAAUACUUAAACCAAAUUGUUUAUGUUUCAUGGCCAUAUUUGAAAGAAGCUAAGGUGAUUUCUAUUAGUGAUGGUUUACUUUCUUAUGAAUUGGAUUCCAAUGGCCGUGUUAGUCAACAGCCUUUGGGCCCAAGUGACGCCACUUCUUUUGGCGAUCGUGCUAAGAGUAUGAUUCAAAGCUAUCACAUCUCUAAGGGGUUGAAAAUCGGUAAAGUAAACUUGGUUUUCACAACCGUGUCGACUAAUGGGUUAAUCCGUAACAAAAAGGGAGCCUAUGUUAAGACAUUUGCCAAAAAGAGAGAAGAGUAUCCAUUCCAAUUGGUUGUUGACAGUGUUGUCAACCCAGACAAGAGAUUUAAAGAAAGAGAAGCCAAACCAAUUGAUAAAGAAUUCCCAGUUGAUUCAAAGGUUACAUUUUUGGGUGACAUUGCUUAUGGUAAUGAAGCCACUGUUGUUGGUUACAAAUCUAACACCGAAUUGAUUUUGCAAGUCUCCAAGGUUACAAAGAAUGAGGAACCAAAUUUCGGUGCCAACAAGGCUUACCAAGAAAGGCAUUCUGUUCAUUUCUUCAAUAGCAAUGAAACUGCUUCCAAGUUGGGUAUUCAUCCUAUCUUCUUGUCCAAGAUUACCUCUAGCUUCUUGAUUGAAAAUGUCAAGGGCAGAAGAGUUAACAUUGGUUUGGAUUUGAAGUUCGAAGGUAAGAAAUUGAAAGUCUUGGGUUACACUAAGAGAAAUGAAAGAGGGUGGUUGUAUAGUUCUUUUGCUAUUGAAUUAAUUAGGGAGUAUAAAGACUUGUUCCCAACAUUCUUUAGAAACUUGGCUAACUGCUCCAAGAACCACAAAUCUCGUAACUUGCUCCACAUUCAAGAUUUAUAUCCAAAGAUUCCUGACCCAUUAAAAUUGGACGAAACUCUUGGUAAGGUGUCUACUUUCUUAGACUCCAAGAAGGCAAGAUUCAAUACCACCAGCUUGGGCAGUGAAUCAUUGAACCGGUCUAAUAUUUCUGAAAUUGAACAAUUCACCAUUCAAUAUAUUAGCAGACCUCACAAUGAAAUCACCAGAAAUUUGAAAGGUGUUCCACUUGAAGCGAUUUUAGACAAUCAAAACUCCCAGCAAUUAUUGAAGAAACAAUACUUUAACCUCGGUGACAGAGUUUCUAAUGUCUUGGAUGGUACCAAGGUUCCUCUUUUCGCUAAGGGUACUGUUGUUGGUAUCAAUGUUUCGGACGAAAAGGUCACUUUGAACAUUGUCUUUGAUUAUCCAUUGAUUAAUGGUAACUCGUUGAAUGGAAGAUUGAGAUCCACUAGAGGGUUGGUUGUUGAUUCGUCUCAUUUGUUGAACUUGACUCACAAGCAGUUUAUCUACCAUAGUAAGAGCUCAUUGGAAAGAUCUAAGUAUAAGCAAAGUGAAAGAAGCGGUCCAAAACCAGUGUCCAAACCAAAGGUUUCUGAAAAGAAGGAAAAAGAAUUAUCCAAGGAAGAGAAGGAACAAAUAGAAAGAGAAACUAAAGAAAAGGCCGCUAGCAAACGCGAAUUGUUGUCUUUGCUCAAGAAAUCUGAAGCUAACCAGGGUAAUGAUACUGAAUCUGAAAAUAAUAAUGAACAAGCUCCAACUGAAUCCACCACUACUGCUGCGCCAGCUCCAGUGGCAGCCCCAUCAACUAGAAAUAUUGAUAAUGAUAAAGCUGCCAAGGAGGUUUAUGGUGCCAUUAUGAGUGGUAUUCUUAAGAAUGGCUCUGCUCCAGCACCAACAUCUUUGCCACCACCAGUGUUCAAUCAAUCUAGUGCUCCACAAAACUUUUUCCAGUCUCCAGGUGGUUUUGUACCAGGCCCAGGUUUCAUGAAUGUUCCUCCUCCAGGUGCCUUCCCGCCACCACCACCACAAUUCUUCCAGAAUCCUCCUGUUAUGGCUGAUAGAGAAGCGUCUAGUGAACUUAAGACUUUGUUGAAGGGGCCUGACGCCAAAUAUCAAACCUCUCAAGCCCUACCAGACAACCAAUCCCUUAACAAGCCAAACUCCACUGGCAACAAGAAUGGUCGUCAAAGUAACAGAAACAACAACCGCGGAAGAGGUGGAAUGAGAGGAAGAGGAAGAGGAAGAGGCGGCAAUAGAGGUGGAUCCCAAAAUGGUAAACCUUUGCAAAGAACGCAACAGCAAGAGUAA